GCCUCCCGCACGCAUAGGCCUCAGUGGAGUUGGGAAAAGGGCUGUGGAGCCCAGAGGUCGAGCGCUUUGAGAAACAUGGCGGCGGACCUUGCUCAUAUUCCUGAUGUGGACAUCGAUUCAGAUGGCGUCUUCAAGUACGUGCUGAUUCGAGUCCGCUUAACACCGCCUUCCGGUGAUCCGACAAACGAGUGCAAGGAAAUCGUGCGUGGCUACAAAUGGGCUGAGUACCACGCGGACAUCUAUGACAAAGUGUCAAGCGAGCUGCAAAAGAAAGGCUAUGACUGUGAGUGCCUCGGCGGCGGUCGCAUCUCCCAUCAGAGCCAGGACAGGAAGAUACACGUGUAUGGCUACUCUAUGGGUUAUGGUCGUGCCCAGCACUCUGUUUCAACGGAGAAGAUCAAAGCCAAGUACCCUGAAUAUGAGGUCACCUGGGCUGAUGAUGGCUACUGAGGCCCUGACCCCCAGCAACUAACUCAGGACUCUGCUCUUGCUUUGUUCUAUCUUGAGGGGCUGGCCCUGUGCUUUCCUUUUGUACCUUGGGCAACAUACCACCUGCCAGGCCUUAGAAGCCAGACCAACGUGGUCCAUAGGAAUUAAAACCAUUGAUAUGUCUGCAA